AUGGACAAAGAAGAAAGGAAGACUAUCAACCAAGGUCAAGAAGAUGAAAUGGAGAUAUAUGGCUAUAAUUUGUGUCGCUGGAAGCUUGCCAUAGUUUCCCUAGGAGUGGUUUGCACUGGUGGCUUUCUCCUCCUCCUCCUCUACUGGAUGCCUGAAUGGCGGGUGAAGGUGACCUGUAUUAGAGCUGCCAUUAAAGACUGUGAAGUGGUGCUGCUGAGGACUACUGAUGAAUUCAGAAUGUGGUUUUGUGCAAAAAUCCGCUUUCUUUCUCUGGAAACUCACCCAUUUUUGAGUCCAAAAUCUAUGACUAAUAAAGUUGCAAAUGGCCAUGCUGUUCAUUUUACUGAAAAUUUGGCUACAGAGAAUAGGCAUGAGAUGAGCAAAUAUUCACAAACUCAACCACAGCAGGUUCGUUAUUUUACCCACCACAGUGUAAAAUACUUCUGGAAUGAUACCCUUCACAAUUUUGAUUUCUUAAAGGGACUGGAUGAAGGUGUUUCUUGUACGUCAAUUUAUGAAAAGCAUAGUGCAGGACUGACAAAGGGGAUGCAUGCCUACAGAAAAUUGCUUUAUGGAGUAAAUGAAAUUACUGUGAAAGUGCCUUCUGUUUUUAAGCUUCUAAUUAAGGAGGUUCUCAACCCAUUUUACAUUUUCCAGCUGUUCAGUGUUAUACUGUGGAGCACUGAUGAAUACUAUUAUUAUGCUCUAGCCAUUGUGAUUAUGUCUAUAGUGUCAAUUGUAAGCUCUCUAUAUACCAUUAGAAAGCAAUAUGUUAUGUUGCAUGACAUGGUGGCAGCUCACAGUACUGUGAGAGUUUCAGUUUGCAGAGCGAAUGGAGAAAUAGAAGAGAUCUUUUCUACAGACCUUGUGCCAGGAGAUGUUAUGGUCAUUCCAUUGAAUGGGACAGUGAUGCCUUGUGAUGCAGUUCUAAUUAAUGGUACCUGCAUUGUAAAUGAAAGCAUGUUAACAGGAGAGAGUGUUCCAGUAACAAAGACUAAUUUGCCAAAUCCUUCAGUGGACAUAAAAGGAAUGGGAGAUGAAUUCUAUAGUCCAGAAAUACAUAAACGACACACUUUGUUUUGUGGGACUACUGUAAUUCAAACUCGUUUCUACACUGGAGAACUUGUCAAAGCUGUAGUAGUUAGAACAGGAUUUAGUACUUCCAAAGGACAGCUUGUUCGUUCUAUAUUAUAUCCCAAACCAACUGAUUUUAAACUCUACAGAGAUGCCUACUUGUUUCUACUGUGUCUUGUGGCAGUGGCUGGCAUUGGGUUUAUCUACACUAUUAUCAAUAGCAUUUUAAACAAGGUAGAAAUUGGGGUCAUAAUUAUCGAGUCUCUGGAUAUCAUUACCAUUACUGUGCCACCUGCACUUCCAGCUGCAAUGACAGCUGGUAUUGUGUAUGCCCAAAGAAGACUGAAAAAAAUUGGUAUUUUCUGUAUCAGUCCUCAAAGGAUAAAUAUCUGUGGACAGCUGAAUCUUGUUUGCUUUGACAAGACUGGAACUCUUACUGAAGAUGGUUUAGAUCUGUGGGGGAUUCAACGAGUGGAAAAUACACGUUUUCUUUUGCCAGAAGAAAAUGUUUGCAAUGAGGUAUUGGUAAAGUCUCAGUUUGUUGCUUGUAUGGCUACCUGUCACUCACUCACAAAGAUUGAAGGAGUGCUUUCUGGUGAUCCACUUGAUUUGAAAAUGUUUGAAGCCAUUGGAUGGAUUCUGGAAGAAGCAACUGAAGAGGAAACGGCACUUCAUAAUCGAAUUAUGCCCACUGUGGUUCGCCCUCCAAAACAGCUGCUUCCUGAAUCUACACAUGCGGGAAACCAAGAAAUGGAGCUGUUUGAACUUCCAGCUAUUUAUGAGAUAGGAAUUGUUCGUCAGUUUCCGUUUUCUUCUGCUUUGCAACGUAUGAGUGUAGUUGCAAGGGUGCUAGGGGAUAAGAAGAUGGAUGCCUACAUGAAGGGAGCACCUGAGAUCAUUGCUAGUCUUUGUAAACCUGAAACAGUUCCUACUGAUUUUGAAAAAGUUCUGGAAGAUUACACUAAACAGGGCUUCCGCGUAAUUGCUCUUGCACACAGAAAAUUGGAAUCGAAACUGACUUGGCAUAAAGUACAGAAUAUUAGCAGAGAUGUCAUUGAAAACAACAUGGAUUUUAUGGGAUUAAUUAUAAUGCAGAACAAAUUAAAGCAAGAAACCCCUGGAGUACUUGAAGAUUUGCAUAAAGCCAACAUUCGCACGGUCAUGGUCACAGGUGACAACAUGUUGACUGCUGUCUCUGUGGCCAGAGACUGUGGAAUGAUACUACCUCAGGAUAAAGUUAUUAUUGCUGAAGCAUUACCUCCGAAGGAUGGGAAAGUUGCCAAGAUAAACUGGCAUUAUGCAGACACCCUAACACAGUGCAGUAAUUCAUCAGCCAUUGACUCGGAGGCUAUUCCAAUUAAAUUGGUCCAUAAUAGCUUAGAGAAUCUUCAAGUGACUCGUUACCAUUUUGCAAUGAAUGGAAAAUCAUUUUCAGUGAUAUUGGAACAUUUUCAAGACCUUGCUCCUAAGUUGAUGUUGCAUGGCACUGUUUUUGCUCGUAUGGCACCUGAUCAGAAGACACAAUUAAUAGAAGCAUUGCAAAAUGUAGAUUACUUCGUUGGAAUGUGCGGUGAUGGGGCAAAUGAUUGUGGUGCUUUGAAGAGGGCACAUGGAGGCAUUUCAUUAUCAGAGCUUGAGGCUUCAGUGGCAUCUCCCUUUACCUCCAAAACUCCUAGUAUUUCCUGUGUGCCAAACCUUAUCAGGGAAGGCCGUGCUGCUUUAAUGACUUCUUUCUGUGUGUUUAAAUUUAUGGCUUUGUACAGCAUUAUACAGUACUUCAGUGUUACUCUGCUAUAUUCUAUCUUAAGUAACCUGGGAGACUUCCAGUUUCUCUUCAUUGAUCUGGCAAUCAUUUUGGUAGUGGUAUUUACAAUGAGUUUAAAUCCUGCCUGGAAGGAACUUGUGGCACAAAGACCACCCUCAGGUCUUAUAUCUGGGGCCCUUCUCUUCUCCGUUUUGUCUCAGAUCAUCAUCUGCAUUGGAUUUCAAUCUUUGGGGUUUUUUUGGGUCAAGCAGCAAUCUUGGUAUGAAGUAUGGCAUCCGCAGUCAGAUGCUUGUAAUACGACGAGAAGCCUGUAUUGGAAUUCUUCAUACUUGGACAAUGAAACCAAACCUGAUACACAUAAUAUACAAAAUUAUGAAAAUACCACAGUGUUUUUUAUCUCCAGUUUUCAGUACCUCAUAGUGGCAAUUGCCUUUUCAAAAGGAAAACCCUUCAGGCAACCUUGCUACAAGAAUUAUUUUUUUGUUGUGUCUGUGAUUAUUUUGUAUGUUUUCAUAUUACUCAUCAUGUUGCAUCCAGUUGCCUCUAUUGACCAGGUUCUUCAGAUAGUGUGUGUACCAUAUCAGUGGCGUAUAACUAUGCUUAUGAUUGUUCUUGUCAAUGCCCUUGUAUCUAUCACGGUGGAGGCGUCAGUGGAUCGGUGGGGAAAAUGCUGCUUGUCCUGGGCCCUGGGCUGUAGAAAGAAGAUACCAAAGGCAAAGUACAUGUAUCUGGCUCAGGAGCUUUUGGUUGAUCCAGAAUGGCCACCCAAACCUCAAACAACAACAGAGGCUAAAGCUUUAGUUAAGGAGAAUGGAUCAUGUCAAAUCAUCACCAUAACGUAG